ACAUAUAUAAUAUAUAUGUAAUGCCCCGAGGACGGCAGCGGCUUUUGCAGCCCGCCGAUCCGCCGAGCAGCCGCCCUCCGUCUCUGCCCGCUCUUCGUCCUGCCUCGCCGGCUGCCCGGGGCGCGAGCGGUGCGGCGGGCGGCUGCGGGUGACGGCGGCUCACGACGCCCGGCCGAAAACUGGGCGCUGCACGCGGACGAGCGCGGCGGGGAGAGGAGAACCCGGAGAGCUUUGCGUUCGGCUGGAAAUAACGGGAUUACGGGCGGCUGCGAGUUUCCGCCUGCUAUUUUGGUUGCAUGGGGCUUUUUGAGAGCGCCGAGCGGGCGGCCGAAAGGUUGGGGAGUCGCCCGGGGAGGGUUUGGCCUCCGGUUUGCAGGCAGCUCGGGAAGGGGGACGCGUGAGGGCUCGCCGCCGGGAUGCCGCUGGUGAAGAGGAACAUCGAGCCCCGGCACCUGUGCCGGGGGGCUCUGCCCGAGGGGGUGACCAGCGAGCUCGAGUGCGUCACCAACAGCACGCUGGCCGCUAUCAUCAAGCAGCUGGGCAGCCUCAGCAGGCAUGCUGAAGACAUCUUUGGGGAGCUCUUCAAUGAAGCCAACAGUUUCUACAUGCGGAUGAACUCACUGCAGGAGAGGGUGGACCUGCUGGUGAUCAAAGUGACGCAGCUGGACUCCACCGUGGAGGAAGUUUCACUGCAGGACAUCAACAUGCGGAAAGCAUUCAAGAGCUCGACGGUGCAGAACCAGCAGGUCGUGUCUCGCAACUCCAUCCCCAACCCGGUGAUGGAGAUGUACCAGCGGUGCGACAAGCCCCCGCCGCUCAACAUCCUCACGCCUUACAGGGACGACAAGAAGGACGGCCUUAAAUUCUAUACCGACCCCUCCUAUUUCUUCAACUUAUGGAAAGAGAAGAUGUUGCAGGCGACUGAAGAUAAGAGAAAGGAGAAGCGCAGACAGAAGGAGCAGCGGUUAGUAGAAGACUCCACCCGGGAGGUGAAGAAAGUGAGGAAAGCCCGUAACCGGCGCCUGGAGUGGAACAUGAUGGCGUAUGAUAAAGAGUUUCGACCCGAUAACAGGUUCUCACCAUCCCCAUAUCACAUGGCAUCAUCGGAAGGAUCACUGUCCCCAGAUAAUAGAUCUUACGCAUCCGACGCAGCCGAUCACUCGUAUCCAGCCAGCCCUAACCACCCCGCGCAGCAGAUGCUCGCUCCAGCCUCCCACCUGGCAGCAGACAACAAGGAGGUCGUUCUAGUAGCUAACCAGACCCAGGAGCACGUCUACAGGCCCUCGGCGGCAGGAAGCCGCCAGAACAGCCUCAACCGUGUCCAGCAGCCCCACGUGCCGCAGCCUCCAGAAGCUAUAUUGAAUGGACCAAGACCUCACUUAGUCAAGGAUUAUGGCCAGCAGCAGAUGCCGAUGGCAGAAUACUUCGUGCCGCCGGCUCCUCCACCGCCACCGCCUGUCAUCCCCUCCGCUCAGACUGCGUUCGACAGCCCCGUCUCAGCGCCCCCCGCGCUGGCACCCGGCGCGGGGGCCUCCGUGGCUCACCCGCCCUACGCGCCCUCACCGCCUCCCGCUCCGCCCUGCCCCUACUCCGCGUCCCCACCGCAGACUGGCCCCAUGGGGCCCCCCGUGGCACCCCCUCCACCUCCACCGGGUCCCCCUGCCGUCACCGCCUCGCCGGCUCACUCGGCCUCGCCCCCGGCCGUCCCCGUGGAGCCUCGGAAACCGCAGAUCCCGCUGAUCCCCAUGAGCGACGCCAGGAGCGACCUGCUUGCUGCCAUUCGCAGGGGAAUUCAACUCCGGAAAGUCCAGGAGCAGUGGGAGCAAGAGGCCAAGAAAGAGCCCGUGGGCAAUGACGUGGCUACGAUCCUCUCCCGCCGGAUUGCAGUGGAGUACAGUGAGUCUGACGAUGACUCAGAACUGGACGAUAACGAGUGGUCAGAUUGAGAGGGCCUGGGAUGCUGUGUUGGAUGGUAGCUCCUCCACUCUAUGCACCACUUUUCCACACCAGGUGUGUAUAGGCGCCUUUCCCAAAAGUCAAUGCCAACCAUGGUCUGCAAUUAGCCCCACUUAUUCAGGAGCUUUGCUUUUACACUGUUGAAAAAAAUUCUGGCAGCACUACCACUGGAGGAUGUGCAUUGGUGGGAUACACCUCUGAGGCAAUGAUAACAGCCGUUAGCAGCACCUUCAUGUCUAAUGAUGUUGAAAACACUAUGAAGCCCAGUAAAUAGAGUUACUCCAGAUUUAUACCUGUGUAAGCAAGAUCAGAGGCUGGCCUGCAAUAUGUUUUUUAGAGAAAUUAAACUGAGGGACAACAGUGUUUUUCCAGCUAGAUGUUAAAUUUGUAACGGAAAGCUACUGAAAAAGAAACCUGUUUCGCUAGCUGAUAUCACCAUCUGCUCACGGCCAUUUAGACCGCCAGGCACUUGGCUGCGUUUUGCUCUGGUGUCCGAAGCUGUGGCCUUGGGCUGCGUGAGCCAGGGCCAGUCCUGAUCACUGCUCUGAAAGCUGCACGUGGAGACACGCUCCUUUUCUCCCCAGAGUGAAGCAGCGCGUUUCACGGCAGCCACGGGAGGUGGUCACUGCGUUGCGUUGUCACUCUCUGGAGCACUCCAGAAGACCAGGACCUUUGUGACAUGCUUCCGUCCUUGGGACCACUUUUCUGGGAGAAAAGAGUGCGAGGCAAGGCCAGCAAAAACCACACUGACAGCUGCUCUUUCACAGUUAGCAAGGAAACAAAGCAUUUGUCACCGCUCUGAGCGGUGCAGUGCGUGCUCUCCUCGGCGUGGGAAAGUGGGCUGCCCGCAAGGAGCAGGAGAGCUGCGCUGUCUAGGGUGUUUUCCUGAAGUCCAACUAUUAUUGGCCUUAGUGCUAUACUAUUUUAUUGUUAUUUGAAAAUAAAUUAAUUAGAUAAAAUGCUGCUCUUAGGUAAACCCAAACCAGUGAAAGGAAGCGAGAACAAAGUUUAUUCUUGUUUUCUUGAUUUGCACUUUGUAGUUCCACAGACUGUGCUAGUAUGGUUGAGAUUAACUCAGAUCUGGUGCACUAAUUACUGCAGGCCUGAUUCUUCCCCUUCCUCUUACUCCCAGAGGUCCUGGGGGUGGUAUUCAGCAAAACGAGGCACUGACGAGGGAGCCUGGCAGAAUCAGGCCUCAGCCACGAUGCUGAAAAUACCGGCGCGUGUUCUUUGGUUUGUUCAUCAAAAUAGAGAGUGAUUCAUAGAAGCCUCUUCAUGCAGCUAUUAAAGGAGGAAUCAUGGGAAGCCAGAAUGAAUGGGUGUGAAACACUGAAAAUAUCACAGUCAGGAGUAAGAGUCUGCAGAGAACUGAAGGUGGUUUCUGACCAGCAGAAGAUGGGCCAGUGUCAGCCUCAAACCUGUCCGAUUGACAUGUCCAGCCAUGCAGGGGCCCUCCCGUGCACGAGGCCCAUGCAGUUCACCACAAAAAGCAUUCCCAUAUACUGCGAGUCCCUGAAUGGGGGAAAACUGAAUUUCCACAUUGCCUCUCUUCUGGUGAGGAUUUUGACUUUGGGCCCAUCUCCCUGGCUUUCACAAAAGCCAAGUAGGUGAGCAUCAAAGAGCUGAGGGCUGCAGAAGCCCUAGUGCUUUGAAUUCCUAGGAGUGAAUAGACCUACAAAAGAGAUAGGAGGAAUUGCCUGGGACCCAAAAGGCUCAUACAAGCAUCGUUUGGCUGAUGCUUCAAUUCACCCUGAGAAAUGUUAAUAUUGAAUGAUGCCCCAAGUAUCCAUUUGUUUUCCCAUUGGAGAGAAACCCUUCUUGGUGAGGUGAAUUGAACACAACCUCCAUCUUCCUUCACCUAGUUGUUCUGCGAGCUAAGAAAUAUCACCAUAAGCCAUCGCUCUGACUAAUGUAAAAUAUUCUCUGUCCCUUAGAUUUGACACUUCCCAUAUCUCCGCAUCCCACUGACUCCUUCAGGUGAGAUAUGGGCAGUGCUUAGAAGCGCACCACGUUUCUCUCCACCCACAGCAAGCCUCUGAGUCAGUCUCAGGAGUGGUAUAUUUGGCAGCGGUGGGCAGCUUGAGUGGAUGCUGCCAUGUGAGUGUGCGUGGAAGUGGGAGUGAGAGUUAAAGAAAUCUCAGUAGGGCCUGGUGGAGAAGGAUGGUCUCCUAGAAGCAGGGCACAGGACUGUGUCUGAGUUGCAGGGCUGAGUCUGGGAGCUUGAACCAGGAGGUAGCAUUGAAUACGGGAGAGAGCAAGGGUGUGCCUGAAAAGGAUUUAGGGUGGGAAACAAAGUAUGCUACGCUGCCAAUGAAUCUUCAGUUCUGUGCACUGUCUUUGGCCAUGUCCCUGUGACCUUACUGGAUAUGAUUUUCCCUUUACUUAGGUAAAACUCCCGUUGACUUCAGUGUGGCUGGUUACCAGAGUAGUAGCUGUACAGAAAAUCCUUAGAUUUAACCUCAGAAUUUCAUAUCUUGUCAGCACUGCUGCCAUUUAAGCUCCUCAGAUGCUCAUUGACUCAGCUUGUGUAGGGAUGGACACUUCGAACUGCAGAGAAAGACCUUGGAAUAUGAGAUUGGCCAUAGCUGAUCAGUCCCAAUUUCUGCCUCAGCCUGCACAGACGAAGGCUCUUGCUUCUGACAUCAACCCUCUGUUCAGAGCUAGAGGAAACCCAGAGAUACAGAGAAGCAGCUGCAUAAACUCUUGGCCAAGGCCUGAUGUCUCUAACCAGGCAAAUAGCCACUGCAGUGCCCGUAAGGGGCUUUUCUUAGCAAGGCAGAUGGGAUUUGACCUGGCGCAAGUUCAAAAGACAAUCUUGUAAAAGUUCAGAAUAACAUUUAAAUGAUCACCUAUUAGUAUUUAUUGUGAAGUAUUGUUAAUAUAGAUGUGACUGCGAUGUGGUUUGUGUAUGGUAAGAAAUUGGUAUUAUUUGGAGAAUUUGAAAAGAGUAAAAACACUUUGUGCACCUGCGAAAGAGAGGGAGAAGAAUAUCGAAGGGCUGUAGCAGUUGCUGUUAUCUGUUAUAUUGCUCCAAAGGCUGCGGAGUAGGCUGUGGGGACCCAACAGCGGGGCUCAGACAGUGCUGGGGUAUCUCUCAGCGGCGGAGGACAAGGGCACUUGGAUGUGCAGGACUGAAUUGCCCCUUGGGUCUGUGUGACUGUGCACAGGAUGGAGAAGGCCUGCAAAGAGACUUCCCCCAGGACCUUGCAGGAGGCUGGGCUCAGUCUCUUCCUGUACAUGGUGGUCUAGCUGUGGUCUAACCCACAGGACAACUCAGUGAGCUGUGUGCAAUGAGGAACCCCAGGCUUUUUGCCUUUGACAGGGCCUCCAAGCUCAGCUCCGAGCCCCAUCGCUGACUUGCAACCCCAGAGGUUGGUUUUCCUCUAGCUUUGUGCUGGUUUUGGAGCCGGCUAUCUCCACCAGCUUCUCUGGCUUGCUCUGGUUUACUGUAAAUGAUCUGGUCCUUAAAUCUGACCCAUGAAUUUGCCUAGAGAUUGGCCACUGCCAGUCAGUCUCCCAUUCACAUCAAUGUUGAAACUCCUGUUAAAUUUCAAAGAGACAAAGUCAGCUGGCUGGGGGACAGGAGCUCCUGCUCAGGAGGAAGCGAUGGAAAAGCAGGCCCUGCAGGUUGGGGAGUGAAGGUGGUUUCAGGUCACCUUUGCAUUGCCCAGACUCUCAGAAGCGGAGUUGAUCCUGGUAGGAAUUAGAGGGGUGCUGAACCCCCCUAGAAGCCAGCAUCCUGGCAGCCUUCGCUGAUGUGGAGACACUUGCCCAACCCGCAUGAGAGUCUUCUGAGUUGCUUGCAUGGGACGCAGCUCCUGUGCCGGGGCUGUUCCCCAGGUUGCACCACGGCUCAUGGUUGGGUCCUUUUUCUUUUCAGGCACUAGUUGCACUCUGUGUGUCACAUUAAACUAUGUGAUAAGCCUGAGCCAUGGCUGUAGCAGGACUUGCUACGUUGGCACGUGGUGGGUCAGGAUUGACCCUGUAGCCUCCCACUUCCCUGUCACCUUUGUGGUGACUUUGCUCUGUUUGGGAUUGACAGCAGUCAACCAGAUCAUUUAACCCUGCUGUUGUCAGGGUCAGUGCCAGCUGCAUAAUCACAUAAAUCAAGCCUCGUCCGCCCUAUGUCCGGGUCACAUUUGCACAGCAGAUGUGCAGCCCGGAACCUUAUGAGUGCAGGAGGAGCAGGGUGCACCAUCGUUUCCUUGUGCUUUUAUGCUCUCACAUCAUUUUCUCCUCCCUCAGACCUCCCAGCACACGUCAACACUAUUUGCACUCUGCUUAAGGGAAUCCCCACCAGCUAAUAAGGAGCCCAUUUCAUACACCAAACUCCAAAGCAAAUCAGCAGGAUCAUAACCUCCCAGUGUUGCCACUGCUUGAGAAGAUACGAUGCUCCAGCUCUUCAAGUGACAUAAACUGCCUUGGCUCCUCUAACUUCACUGAACCUAGGCGCCUGAGCUGACGAUCCCCGUGUCCUGCACGGCCAGCUCUGCUGACAGGCCGAGCAUCCUCGCUUGCCUUUGGCUGAGGGACUCGGCCGCCUUUGAGGAUGACCGUCUUUAUUUUAAGGGUGCUCGUCUAUUCUUGCCCGUGCCGCUUAGGAAAUCAAAUGUGAGUAGCACCAGCUCCGUGGGUGGCCUGGAUCAGGUUAGCUCUGCUGCAGUCGGUUGUGCUACCCUAAUUAACACGGGCUGAGCAUUUGACCUAUAUGCUGCAUGCUCAGUAUUUUGUACAUAUGUGCCUAUUUCCGUAUACUCUUCCAAAAGUAGGCCAUGCUCUGUUAUACAACCUGAAAUGCUGAAAUCCCCAUGUGGUCUGAUAUAAAAGUGAAUAUUUAAAUAUUUUAUCCAGCUUGGCAGCCAUUAAAAAUACAAUUCAGGUCACAGAUGAUUGAAUUGCUCCUCUCUCUCAAGUGUACCAAAAGUGGGCUGAGGAGAUUCUCCUGUACAUUAAGGUAUCAUAUUCCAUGUUAAAAUAUAGCAACGGCAUUUUAUUGCCAACAGACAAUCACGUAGUGCCAAACAUUUAAUGAGCCCAACCUAUCUCUUGAGAGUUCCCCUUUCCAUUUUAUCUGCCUUUUCCUACUUGCCAAUUUUUGGGCAUAGAUUGAAAAUAAUAAAUAAAAGGUUGCCAACAGGGGGAAGUGUAUUCUAUGUGCAUACAAACGAAUUAGGCCAGAGUCAGUGAAAGGGUAAAUAAGCUGUUUUGAUUCUGCUUGUAGAUAUUCGUGGAAGCCUCUAGUCUGUGAGGUCCAACAGGAACUUCUUGAGCAUAUCUGAUUUACCUGAAAAGGGACAUCAGAGAGACAGCUGUGCUGACAGUAAAUCAGUCCUUACCUGUGAGAUAUAAUGUCCGUUAUGAAGGCUGAUCCAGCUGAAGUUUUGCUGAGACUGGUGAAAGGUUUGGCAGUGUUCCCAUCCCAGCUUUGCACCCCAGCUUCCCCUUAAUUUGGGUGACCUGGCUCUUGAGUCUAGCAGUUCAUAGAAGGUCAAUGUCCUGAAGGAAAAAAGGGUUUGGGGGAGUUUCUAACUUUUUACCCUGGAUGGAGAUCUAGGUAAGAGUGCGCAUCACAUCCUAUAAGGUCCCUUGCUUUUGCAGCUAUUUUGUCCUGUGAAGGUUUCAUCCUAGUAAUAAACGUAAUGCUGAUCAUGGGGUCUCCAGAGAGCUCCCUGCAUGUAAAUGCCCUCAAACUUCCUCCCUGCAACUCUUCUGAAUCUGUCUGUCCUUUAAGACACUGGGCAGUCUAAACAGAAGUUGUGGGUUUUAGCACGGAGACGUCUUCUCCUAUUUUAGGUCUGAUCCUGCUUUUCUAUUUGAAUGCAGUAAUUUCUGUAUCACAGGUGACAAUUCAGGUCCCCAGGGAGCGAGCACUGCGUAGUGGUGGGUGAGGGCCUGUAGACUUCACAGCAGUCCCUGGCCGCAGAGCCUGAAUUAGCACUUCAGCGCUAACAGGGAAUGCCCCAGAGCUUCAUAUGGAGGGAGACGGGAGACAGCUUGUAGCUUUGGCGGGUAUUUUCCAGAGCUGCGUGUAUGACAGGAGCAGAUCAGUCUCUCUCACCGUGAUGUGUCCCUGAGGAUGGAGCGUGGUGAGCCUAGGGGACACCAUCCCGUCACAGCGUGCCACGGGGAGAGACGUCCGUGUCCCUGGGCCUCUCCUGUGGAAAGUUCUCCCGGUCUGCAGUGAAGAGGACCGUGUCCUUUGGCACUAGAUGUUGGCAAGGGGAGCGUACGUUGUUAUCUUCACCAUGAUUACUGUUUUUCUGUAGUUGUUGUUGUUGUUAUUUAGGGGUAAGGUAUUAUAGGUUGGCAUGUCACUUUACAGACAAAAAUACAAGUAAGGGCAAGGACUCUGUCCUGAGGAGCUUACAGUUUACAGCAAAGACCAUAUAACCUGCACUGCACUUUAGAAGACACAACUGCUCAAUCACUGACAUACCCAUGAAUUUACCCUCUCCUGUGGUGGUCAUUGCAGGAGUGACUCGCCUGGGCAACGGGACCUCGAGGACAGUGCCCCUUCAGUAGCAGUAGCAGCCCCUAGCUCGGUGCCCCCGCUCAGCACCACGCCUGCCCCGCGCUGACGGCCGUGUCGGUGGUCCUCCUGCCCCUGCACUGUAACCACGCAGAAGUGCCUGAGCAAAGCACAAGAGCAGCAGGGCCAUGCAGCUGCCUGCCACCAAGGUGAGGUUGGUGGCCCACGUUGCAGCAAGACUGGGUUCCCCAGGGAGAUGUGCUGAUUUUUUUUCUUCAAACCGGCAGCUAUUCCCCUGGAUGGUCCUUUCCCCAUUUACCUACACGAUGGAUGGGGAAAUUCUGAUUCGUGAUGACCAUAGUACGUCAUGUAUGUGAUAGCAAAGGUACCCAAGAAUGCUACUGUGGCUGGGUGUUAGGAAUUAAAACUGUCCCGUGCAAUUUGUGUGGUGCCCUGUAAGCUUAUAGAAAUAGUUUUCCUUCAGGCAUUUGCACAAAGCCUAGACUUUGAUACACAUCAAUCUUUUUGAGAGCUGGAAGGUUUUCUUUUGGUGAAUCUGAUUAUCCUUUAUCAAACCCCAGGUUUUUUAGGAUCAUGGAUCUAGGAUCACUCAGGCUUUGCUUUUUCCAGGUGAAAACUGUACCUGUGUUUUGCUGAGGACAAGUGGUCAUGGACUACAGUGGGUGGUUUGCCCCCAAAACUUCAGUAUCCCACGCCCACAAACUGAACAGGAGGAGGCACGCAGUGAUCUGCCCUAACCAGGUUGUUCUCUGCUGGGGGAAAUUCUGGCUUUAUCACAGGGAACCAAGGCUAAGGGAGACCGUGCAGCAGCAGGGGCAAUAGGAUGGACCGUCACUGCAGGAAACAUGCAGGUAAGACCCAGAUGGCAUGUGCUUGGCCAAGGUAUCCCUGAAGGCAAUGUAGAUGUCCUAUUAUCAGGACUAAUCUCUUCAUCCUGCAUUGGUACAGCCACGGCGGUCUAUGUAAUACUACCUGAUGAUAGAUCAGAAAUUCUUAGCCUUCCCCUUUCUACAGACAUCUCUCUUAGUAGAUGUCUUCUCAUGAGUACCUUGCCAUCUGGCUUUCCAGAGCAGUGACCAUAGGGCCCACGAUAGCCUUUUGCUCUUAGUAGGGCUGUGCAUAAAUCUGCUGAAGGCUCUUGUGUUUGGUGGCUUGUGAUCCUUGUGGUGUGUGAAAUGACUCCUCCAGCUCCCCUGUUCUAUGGCUGCAAGCAGCGUCAGGGGAGGGGGCUAGCCGGGGUGAGCCUUUCUGCCGCACGGUAAUUCUAGUGCUUAGCUGUGUGAAAAAUACUAAGGCAGAACUGAGGAAACAAAAUGGAAAGAAAAUAGUCUGGCAUCUUAGGCUGGCUGUUUAGUUAUGUUCCUGCCAUUCUGUACAUCAUCGAGUAUCAUCAAGUACGUAAAACCUGCUGCAAAGAGAUGAGGAGUGGGGGAAUAAUCUGUCCUUCAUGUCUGUGUUAGACAAAACAAAAAGUCAUGGAAUUAAAUUGUGGCAGAAAAGAAUAAAGUUAGAUAUCAGGGAAACCUUUCAAAAGGUAAGGACAGGCAAGCAGUGGAACAGGUUGUAGUCUCCACCGUGGCGGGUCUUGGGGACCUGGGUAGGUGAACACCGGAGAGGAGCACUGUCAGCGGUCCCGUGCUGGGCCGGGGGGUGGUGGCGGUGCCCACUGGGGUCCCUUCUGGCCCAGUGUGUCUGUAAUUCUGGGAUUUUGCCUGAUCCCCUUCCUGGCCUUGCAAUGUUACUGCUUCCACAUCUCUCCUGGUAGCUUGCAGCCUCAGCAUUGCCAGUCGGACACUGCAGUUUGAUUCAGUUCUCCCUUAGGUUUGCUGCCCCUUUUCUGAUUUUGCUGUGAACCUCAAAUACGAUAAAGAUUAAAUUUACUCCAGAAUAAACACCUGAGAGGGAAAGAUGUGGAGCAGCUGCAGGGAAGUGAAGACGUGUGGCUGUUCCUGCAGGGAAGUGAAGAUGUGUGGCUGUUCCUGAAGUGUUUCAAUAGGAAGAAGGCAGGGGCUCCAGCAACCUGUUCCUCACAGGCUGUUGAUGGUCCACAGAUUGCAGUUUGCAAACUGCUCUUUCAGGUUAAGGCCAACACCUUUGAAAAUUAUCCGUUGAUUUGGGGUAGCUCCGCUGAGGGAUCCCUGUCCCAAAAGCUUACACGUAAUUUCCAGGAGGAUUUAGCUGUUCAGUCUCCUUCAGCUGGAGCUGUGAGUCUCCAGCCUGAAGGAAAAUCAGACCCGACAUUUCUGCCCAGGUGGCCACCGAAAAAUGGAGCAGCUGUCACCAUAACCACUUUCAAAAAUUGGUGUAUAAACAGUGGGGAAAUAAGACCUGAGCAAGCAGCAUGUCAGAUCAUAAUUCAGCAGGUGGAUUGGCCUCCUGCCAUGUUAGGAAGUGCUUUCUCUUGGAGGGCCCAACCCCAGCUCACUGGUUUCAAAUCUCACUGGUUUCUCCCUGUCACCUGUGUUUGUGUAUUCCUGAUACUUCAGCUAGGAACACUUAUCAAAUAGAAAAUCACUUAUCGUGAAAAAAAAAACUCUUAAAAUUCUUACCCUAAAAGCAAAGUGGACUUUGAGCCUGAUGAAGUUACUGUGAUGCACAUUGAGGACUUAAUGAUUUCUACUGAGGUGCUUUGAGAUUUGAGGAUGAAAGGUGCUAUUGCUAUAAAUCAGGGUUUGGAAACAAGGAACAUGUCAGCAUUUAUCUGUAUACAAAGGUGAGAAAAAUCCUCGAUGUAGCCUAUGUCUAUAUAUGUAUUUCUCUUCUUCUGUGCUACAGGGAUUUUCUUACACUGCAGGGAAGAUAUUUCCGGAGCACUUUACACGCCAUUAGUUUUUUACUGAUUGAAGGGACAAGCGUUAAAAAUUACUUGAAGAGCCAAAAAAUCAUCUUUUCCAGCCCGAUGAGACUCUUCACAAGGUUUGAGUGGCUGCUGCUUUGGAGAGCCUGGUCAGGAGCAGCAAGAGGGAAACCAGGAAGGUCAGAAGCCAGACCGGUCCUUGCUUUUGUGUUACGUUGCUCCUCAAAACAGGGCUUACGUGAGACAGAAGUAGUGUUCAGGCUUGUGCUGGCUCGGUUCCCCUUAGUGCCCAUCAUGGGGUCCCUGAAAACAGCUCUUGGGGGAGCCCGGGGCUUCCCGGAGGUUUGGUCCCUUGAUCGACAGCGAUGCCCAGGCAGUAGCAGGGCUUGCAGGACAUCCCCACUUCUGCAGCGCAUGAAGGGAGGGAGAGCUGAAGCUGAGGUUUCCUUGGUCCCAGCAGGGCUCGGUAGGACUGGGCAAGGCACCGUUGCUGGGUGGUUUCUCGCCACGCAGGUCCCCUUGGGUCCAGAAGCCGGCAGUUUUAAUAGCAGGUGUGAAGUGCCACUACGCUGGCACUGGUGUCUGAGCUGCUGAUGCUCUUUGGUGGAAAGCGGACGGGAAGGAAGUUGGGGAGCCUGUGUGACCUGAGGGAAGUGCGGAGGCAAACAGCACGCAGUUUCAGGCAGGACGUGCGAACGGUGUGUCUCAGUAAGCUGCCUGUGCUCCCCACACCUGUGUCGCAGGGAAGAAAGUCCCCGGGUAGCGGGUAACAGCUCCAAGUCCUCCCUCUGGCUCUUGUUGCAUCUCCAUGGGUUGCUGCUAGGCGUCACGCUGAGCCGUCCGGCACGCUCGUCCCGGAGCAGGAGCUCGGCACGGGCAUUCCUGCCUUCCCGAUUGUUCCAAGGGAUUUAAAGGCAGGCUGCAAGCGUGGUGCAGAGGGGAGAAAUCUGGUGCUCUCAGAGCGGCCAGGGUGGUGGUGCUGGUUCUGCUUCGCUCAGGCUUUGCUGGAAGAGGUGUUUCCGGCACAGUCCCUUAGUAUCUCCAAAGAUCGUACUGUUACAAGCAUUGAUCCCACCCCCCCCCCCGAAUAUUUUUAUACUGAAAAAUUUCAGAUCUACAUUUAGUUCUGGCCCGUUUUUCGCAAAUGGGCCUCUCUUUGUGUUGCCUUUCAUCUCAGAUCGGAGCAGAUUAAAACAAACAAGCAAACCAACAAAAUGAAUCCACAAGAAAGAAACACAUUUUCUCUUAAAUGUAUUUUUGGGAGCAUUUCAAGUCUGAUGGCUUUUAAUAGAGCCAACUUAAUAGACUUCCUUCAUUUUGAGGCGCUUGACGUGCCCAGGGAAAUCUGAAACAAAAUAUUCCCACGGCAUGCGUUUGAGUUGAUUAUGAAACAUCAUUCUCGGUUUUUUUUUUUUCCCUACUUCCCUCAUAAUGAAAGGCUGCUCUGUGUCACAUGCGGGGGCUCAGAUCUUGUGUUUCUGUAGGAAGGAAAGUGGAAAUGUAGCUGUAUUGGAAUUCAUUAUUGAUACAAGUGCCUUUUAAGGACAUCUCCAUUGCAUUUCCAAGGCGCGCAGGGCCUGGAGGCUCGAGCUCCUCGCUGGCGGCGGCACGCAGGCACACGGCCUCGCCGAGGCUCUGCGGAUGCGCCCGGGGCUGCCGCGCCUAACCCGUAGCCCAGGGCUGUCUCGUACGGUGGCUUCACCUGGUCACAGUAGACAAAAGUCUGGGGCUGUAGCUCAGACCACUGUCACCGGCGGGGAAGCCGUGGUGCUCUUGCUGCCAGGCCCAUGGCAUGGAGAAACGGGCGCAACCGCUGCAGGAGGGGCUCGGGGGCACCUUGGUGUCUUUCCGCCUCCCCAUCCCAGCCCCGACUGCCAAGGUCUGCUGCAUUUCCCUCUGUGAGAGGGCAGGCCUGGGUGGGGAAGGGAGAGGGGCAGAGGUCUGAGCAUUUCGGAUGCUAGUGAUGUAAUUUCGGCGUGCCCUCAUCUGGGGGAAAAUCCGCCCCCCCCCCCCCAGCCCGGUCCCACACAGCUACCGACUGCAGCCCGUCCUUUCCUGCAGGCUGCAGAUGGGGCGUUUGGUCCCCACGGCUGCACGGAGGCAGUUUUGCCAGCAGCCCUCACUCUGCUCUUGGCUAACGAAGGAAAACCUGCUCUGGCAACUGUACGUCUCGAGGCGAAAAGUUAUACCUGCACAGCGCAGUCGUGUUGUGUUCUGGGGCACCAUCCGGGCAGGGGACCCUUGCUCCUCCUCCUCCUCCUCCUCCUCCUCCUCCUCCUCCUCCUCUCCCAGCUUGCCGCAGCACUGCGAGUUCGGUGGGGUGAUGCAAAACGCAGAGGCAGAGCAGGAUGUCCUAGGGCUGCACCGUGCUACGAGGUUUUCAUCCCCCAUCCAUAGCAGCACUGCUGCCUCUGCGUGAUGCUGGGCGCUGUGGGAGCCUUAAUUUGGGGGGCGGCGAGGUCAGGUGAGGGGCCUCUCCGGUUCCCCGCAGCCAGCCAGCCUGCUACCAUCCGCCAGCCCGGGCUGGGAGCAACUCGGAUGCCCCGAAAAGCAGACCGUGUACCCAAAGUCAACAGCCGCGAGCUGGGACUCCGGUCCCCACGGUAGGGCAGGGAAAGAGGGGCGGGGGGUCAGGCGGUCCUCCUAAAAUAGAGGACUUGCCCCCCGUAGCCUGGUCCUCACCUGGCUGGGGGUUCAGGGAGGGCGUCAGCAGGAGACGGCGAGCAGCGUUUCGGGACGCGCCUGCCCGCGGCACCUUGCAGCCACCCUCCCGGAGGCCCCGGGACCGCAGAGCCCGAGAGCCAGCGGAGCUGCCGCAGUGCUCCCUCGCUCGCACAACAUGUCCAUUUUUUACACCAGAGGAAGUAUUAUCCCAGUUUCCAUUGACUUGACAUUUGAUGGAAGCAACUGGCAGGAGGGAGAGGCAUCUCUCCCACGGAAGGGAGCACACGUCACGAGAUACGACUCGAUUUCCAUUAUUAUAUAGUUGAUAUUAAAAAAUAAAAAGAGAUGUUCACUGUCUAAUGGGGUCUUUUAACCAUGUGCACUUAGUCAAUAGGUGAGUGUAUGUUGCUGCUUGUAUCUAUCUACUGUACACAGUUGCUAAAUGUGAACAAGUGUAUUUCUCCCCGGUGUUGUGGGUUCUGCCUGUCUUGACACUGAAAGAAAGGUAGGAACAGUAGUGGUGGCAAAGUGAACUUUCUUCUGUACAGGGUAGAGAGGAAACCUGCAAAGGUCUGAAACACUGCUUGUAACUACAUUUGUUAAAAAAUGUUAUAUAACAUAAUCCCAAACUGUUGACACUUUAUGCAUGUGCUAAGAAAAAAAAAUAAAGAUUUUAAGAGGUUAAUGUAUAUUA